AUGGUCUACCGCCCACACAUGUUUACCCGCGAUUCUUUCGCCAUCCGCAGAAAGUUGUAUCCCCACGCUUCGACCAUGUAUGGCCCCCAGCUAAUGAAUAUCGCCCAGCCCUUGUCGAGGGCAUCUAUGGUCGCAGAGAUCAACGGGACUCGUCUGUACCACGAUGGGCCAGAAAUGGAGGGCAAGAAGUUCUGGGGCAUUUCCAGCAACUACAAGCUUCCUCGUCUCCCUAAGCCAAAGAGAAGCGUCCUCUACUACUCGACAUGGAGCAGAGGAAGUAAGAGAUUGAGACUUCCGGGGCUCGGCUUCUCGAAAAGGGGUUUUUAUACAGCCCCGCUGUCGAUCAAGAAUAAGACAAAGAACAUUCGCAAUAGAUUCUUUUCGUCUGAGGCUCGUAAGAAGAGAAGAGAGCGUAGGCGUUUUGUUAGAUGGUGGACCUUGACCUCGUUGACGGUUGUCUUGGGGUCUGUGGCUGCUAAGAUUAUGUACGAGAGAAGAGCUGGCGAAGAGGGUGAUGAUGACUUCGAGCCUUUCAACAAGUACACCAUCAAGCCUCAAUCGUGGCACUUGUAUGCCUACUCCACCUUGCCUUUGAAGGCCAUCUCUAGGUUGUGGGGUCAAGUCAACAGCAUCACAUUGCCUGUGUGGCUCCGUUCUCCAUCUUACCGCCUCUACUCGACCCUUUUUGGAGCCAAUUUGGAGGAGAUCGAUGAGCCUGAUCUCACAACAUUUAGUAACUUGUCUGAAUUUUUCUACCGUAAGUUGAAGCCUGGUGUUAGACCAAUCGCUGACACUGAGCUAGUCUCUCCAUCUGACGGUAAGGUUUUGAAGUUUGGUGUCAUCGAAAAUGGUGAGAUUGAACAGGUGAAGGGUAUGACAUACUCUAUUGACGCCUUGUUGGGUAUCUCCACCAAGAGAUUGGCUGCGCCAACACACAACCUUGAGUUCGACCACGACGCAUCCAACGAAGCUAUUAUCCGUAGAGACCAAGAGUUCGCUAACUUGAACGGAAUUUCAUACACCCUCGACGAUCUUGUCGGAGGCGAAGGUCAAGAUACCUUCCACAACAACGAGUUGAAUUUCGAGGACGAAGGUGAUAUGACAAGCUCCAAGCCUUCAAUUGGCAAGAAUUUGUAUGUUGCUCAAAACUUGACUCCUACGCCACUUGACAAGUUGCACCGCAGUUCGCACAGUAACUUGUAUUUUGCUGUGAUCUACUUGGCUCCAGGUGAUUAUCAUCGAUACCACUCCCCAACAAAUUGGGUCACAACUUUGAGACGUCACUUCAUUGGUGAGCUUUUCUCUGUGGCCCCAUUCUUCCAGAAAACCUUGCAAGGUCUUUUCGUUCUCAACGAAAGAGUUGCACUUCUUGGGUACUGGAAGUAUGGCUUUUUCUCAAUGAUUCCAGUGGGAGCAACGAACGUUGGUAGUAUUGUUGUCAAUUUUGAUAAGGAUUUGAAGACCAAUGUGGUCUACGAACAUGAAGUCUACCUGAGACAGGACGGAGCCAAGGCUGACGAGAAGACGCCUUUGUUAGAUCAAAGCAACUCUGACGCUGAGUCUGGAUUGACCGUUUCUACAGUUGAAAGUGGUAAGAGCGAGAAGCCAAAACGGUUGAAAAAAAAUACUGUCUACGAGGCAACCUACACUCGUGCCAGUUCUUUGUUGAAUGGAUUCCCAUUGAGCAAGGGUGAGGAAGUAGGUGGUUUCAAGUUGGGAUCAACUGUUGUCUUGGUCUUCGAGGCACCAGAUAACUUCAAAUUCAAUCUUGAAGUUGGGCAAAAAAUCAAGAUGGGAGAGUCUUUGGGUAAUUUUGAGUAA